UGAGGGAGCCGUACUAAAGGAAAAUGUGGUUAGGGAAAUUGCUACCGUUGAAACCUUCCUGGGUUCAACAGUGAUGUUUAGAUACCAUCCAUACCGUUAAUAACGUCAUUCCUAUUGGGAUGAACUGAAAACAAAAAUAUUAGCAUGAAUCAAAACUUCUGUGGCCCCACAAAUAUUUCAACUGUAUACAUUUAAUUAUCACGUUUUCCGCUCACUUGAGCUUUGGAUACGGUUCAUUUUUGGUAACAUGUCCUAAAAUGAGCUCACAAAACGGAUGGACGGAGAGGAUUUCUCACAAACAUCACAGUGGGCCCCACCUAAUUUCCCCGCGCUGGAACUUCCGCUUUCGCAGGAAAUCCGCGUCCCCUAUUUAUAAGGUGUGAGAGACUGAGAGUAGUCGAAUUCAGCAAUCAGGAAUAAACACGCUUAGGGAUUCACAGGGAAAGCUUGAAUUUGGAAAGGAUUCACAGGGAAAGAGAAGCAAAGCUUGAAUUUGGUAAGGAUGGAUACACAGGGAAAGAAAGAGAAGGAAAUUUCUGUUAGCAAAUCAGAAGCGAUGAGUGAAAACGAUACCUCACAUGUGGAUGAUCAGUUCAGCAAGAUGGAGCCUGAAUCAGAUGUGGAUGAUCAAGAGAGCGAGAUCGAGUCUGAAUCUGGUUUCGAGUCCGACUGGUAUCCUUUUGCUGACUCCUCCCCUCCAUCCUCUCCUGCGUCCUCUCCUCCUUCACAUUCAAGAAUAUAUAACAGCUUACAGAAUUCGAACUCUGUACAGGAGAUGCAAUCUUUCAACGUCUGGGAGCAUUCUAUCAAUGAAAGUCAUCUUUCUAUGUUGUAUCGACCUCCAUAUGAGAUACUUCAUGAAGGAGAUUUCUAUCAAUCUUUGAUUGAUGCUUCUAUUGAGAAUAAGUGGUUAAUCGUAAAUAUACAAUCCAAGAGUGAAUUUAAUUCACACGUGCUGAACCGUGAUAUAUGGUCUAACGAAACAGUGUUUUAUACUAUUAGAGAGAAUUUCAUUUUUUGGCAGGUAUAUAAUGACACGACAGAUGGAGAAAAGGUAAAAGCUUUUUACCAUUUAGAUUCCAUCCCAGCUGUUCUUCUUCUAGACCCUAUUACUGGUCAAAAAAUGAGAUUUUGGUGUGGUGCUAUCAAAACCGAGAGUUUUUUAGAGGAUCUCAUUCAAUUCAUGGAUGAAAGACCUAAGGAAGCACUUAUUUCAAAUAAGAGAAACAAAUUAUCUGAAGCUGAAGUCUCCAAAAAUGAGGAAGAGACAGUUUUGAACAAGAAUGAUACUGAAUUCAACAAUGAGGAAGAGACAGGUUUGAACAAGAAAGAAGACAACAAUGAGGAAGAGACUCUUUUGAACAAGAAAGAAGACCGGGUGUAUCCACAUCUGGCAGAAGAACCAAAAACCUCAGAGGGAAAUGUUUGUAGAAUUGCACUACGUUUUCCAGAUGGACGAAGGUUAAAAAGAAAUUUUCUUUUGACAGAUAGUAUAAAGUUGUUAUGGUCAUUCUGCAAUUCUCAACUAAAAGAAUCAGAACCGCAGCAGACAUUUAAGCUGAUGGUAGCAAUUCCAGGGGAAUCAAGGAUUCUGGAUUAUGACAGAGAGCAGAACUUCAGAGAAUCAGGGAUCUCGAAUUCUAUAAUUUCAGUUUUUUGGGAAUAAAGCAGAACAUAGAAUACUGAGAAGAUUUGUUUUUUAAUGCAUGCUUUGAUUUAUGUAAGAUCAAUUAUUAUAAGAUUUUUUUUUUUUUUUUUU